AUGCGGGCGCAACUGAUGGCCGAGUACGAGAGAUUCCUCAAUAACGCCACAAUUGACAAGAUAAUGGCAUGCCAUGCGCGCCGACUUUUUCCGGAAGUUAAAAAGGAUACUAACGGAAAUACUGUGGUUGACUGCAAACUCCCGGCAUUGGGCGGCCACAUCAGCAAGCGGAUUUAUGAUACUCAAGCUUUGCGCAUGCGCAAUGCAGUCACACGCAUGGUUGGUGAAUGCAUUCGCAGGCACUCCAGCGUGACAGAGAUCACGAAGAAAUACGAAGACAAGUUAAAGACCACGUAUGCGCGGUCUAAUGCUGCUGCUGAAUGCACUGCCAAGUUAUUCCGCCACUCGGCCUUUAAAGAGACUCACUAA